AUGAAAGGCAAAGUCAUUGCAGUGUCAGGAGGCUCUUCAGGCAUAGGGCUUGCCCUUUCAAAGUCACUCGUUCAAAAAGGGGCGAAGAUCAGUAUCUGCGAUGUAGUGCAAGCCAACUUGGACAACGCGACAAAAGAGAUGAAUUCGAAUGAUGUUCUGGCAAUCAAGUGUGACGUUCGGAAUAGCAGUGAGGUCCGCUCCUGGAUCGAUGCCACAAUCGACAAAUUUGGCCGGCUUGACGGAGCAGCGAAUCUGGCUGGCAUUAUUGGAAAGAAGCCUGGAGUGGCGUGGGUGGAAGAGCAGGAUGAAGAUGACUGGAGCCGUAUUUUAGGUGUCAACCUGACUGGGGUGAUGCUUUGUAUGAAGGAAGAGAUUCGAGUUAUGAAGGAGGGUUCUUCCAUCGUAAACGCUUCUUCGACCGCAGGAGUGAGAGGCUUUCCUGGACAUGCAGCGUACGCUGUGUCCAAGCACGGUGUGACAGGCUUGACUCGAACGAGCGCGGUAGACUGCGCACGAAAAGGUAUUCGAGUCAAUGCCGUCGCCCCAGGGGUCAUUGAGACUCCUAUGGUGGCCGAAUUGAGUGUUGGAAGGGAAGAAGAUGCUGAUGCUAUCACCAAAUCGAAACCGAUGAAACGUGCUGGAAGGCCGGAUGAGGUUGCCAAUGUGAUUGCCUUCCUGCUCAGCGAUGAAGCGAGCUUCGUUACGGGGUCGAUAUAUGCUGUAGAUGGCGGCUGGACAGCGACCUGA